CGCCUCCACGCAGCAUUCUCAGCCCGCUGACCUGAUCGAUCCCGCCUUUCCUUUCCUUUCCCUUUCCGAUGCAUAUGUACUCGUUGGAUACAUGUACUCAGCCCUCCUCCUCCUCCUCCCCACUGCCUGCCUGCCUGCCUUCUCCUGCCAACCGUCCAUCUCUCUUUUCCUUCUCCUCCGCUCCCGUUUGUCUGGACGCCCCGUCCCCGUGCACGUCCCGCCGUCGCUCUUCCCUCUCUGCCUUUCUCCCCCACACUUUUGGCCGCAUAGGGCUGGCUGCCGCGCAUUGGAGCUCCGUCUCCCCUCUCCGAACCAGGGUUUCGUUACUCUGCCUCUCCAUUUGCUACCCACCGCCCUCCAUUGCCUGGUCCUGCUGCCUUCUUUCCAAAUCGCUUACUUCUGGUUGCCCUCCUGCGCCACUCCAUUAUCUGUGACCACUUGACCCUCUCGACCCGCUCGCCCAUCCACUGCUCCUCAGUCACAAGCGCGACCUAUAAACACCCAGACCGCCAGCCAACUCGCCGCCCGUCACCCACCUCAUCUUCCUCAAACCCACUGCCCGCUGCAAACGUGCACUUCCGGCCCCAGCAUGGUGUCCGACGACGCGUACGAGGCCGCGCUGCCUGUCCUGCAGGACGACUCUCUCGACGAGGAGGAACAGACGGACAAGCUGGAGGAGCUGCUGCGCAAGCAGACUGGAUUGACCGGGAAAUCCCUUGAGAACAUCGUUCUGGACUGUCUAUGGCGCUUCCGCGACGCCGGGAGCUCCUCGAGCUCUCCACCACCCAGCCGUCACACCGUCAUCCGCCGCCCAUCGCCAGCAGCAUGGCAAGCGAAUCGCGCGCCAACCCCUGUCAGCCAUUCACCGCGGUUAACACAUCCUCCUCCUGGCUUUGGAAUCAUUCCUCCAGCUUUCAACCGCGCCAAAUCCUCAAACGCUUCUCCAUUCACCUCUCCGCGCCCAUCUCCGCGCUUGGCUUUCUCUAGCCCUCAUAUCCCCCACAGUCCCAGCCUGAGCGCAUACCAAUUCAGCGAAGGAGUCAGUCCUAGCGUGGAGCUCUAUGGCGAUCUGGGGAGCGAUUCCGUAGAUUGGCUUGUAAACGAUGACACGGGAAGUGUUGAAUCUUCGUCGGUUGUCGGCGAUGGUACGCUCAAUGGUGCUGCCGCUGAAUGGAUUCAACCUCAAACUGUAGACAUGGGCCCGUAUGAUAUGCUCCGCUCCAUUCUUCGCGACGAGCGACCCGACGAGGAAAUCGAGCGGGCUCUUGAGGCAAGCUCCUAUGAUCUCAGCGCCGCUCUUCUAAUCCUCAUGGGUAAUUCCCAAAAUCUCGAAGCUCAGCAGAUGUCCGUCCCAGUUCCUGAGCCGGCUACCUUUCAUAUUGGCAAGUCUAUGAGUCCCGCGUUUAGACCGGCGACGCCUGCGGGUCAGAGUAAGAGUAAUAUCAUUUGCAAGUAUUACAUGUCAUCAGGCUCGUGCGCAAGAGCCGAUUGCAGAUUCAGCCAUGACACUUCCCGAACCCUGUGCAAAUACUUCAUGAACGGCAACUGCCUUGCCGGCAACACAUGUGCUUUCUCUCAUGAUCCGUCAUCUUUGAUGGCUCGCAUGGUCAUUUCAGAUGCAUCUACACCACCACUGCAAGCUGCGGUCCCCAAUUUCCAGAUGCAAGAUUACGAAACAUUCCCAAUUCUUCAAGGUGGAGGCUCUCCUGGAUUCAUCCCUCAAAACCCGGGUGUCGAAGGCAUUUCACUCGAGCAGCUCUACGGCCUGACCUCUAGUGGCGCAAAACAUCCUCCUCCUGGUCUAAGUCCAUUCCCUCAUUUCACCCCAGGCAACAUGAGCCGUCCACAUUCAAGACCUGGAAGUCGCCAGCAUUCGCGCGCCACAACACCUUCGAUUCUUGCGGUAGAUGACAAUGAGGCAUUUCCAAGCUUGGGUUCCGCUGCAGCUGCGAAGAGCGGCAAAAGACAUCAUGGAAAACGCGGCGGGCAUGGCCACAACAAAGAACAGCCUAACAAUCUUGCAGAUGUGGUUCGCAUGUCACCUUCUCCAGCCCCAGCCCAACUACGUAAACCGCUACGAACAGCGAAGAGUUUCAACGGGUCCCGUGAGAACAGUGCCGCUGCACAGGCGAUACCGGCGCCUCAACACAUUCCGUGGCUGGACACUGGUGAGAAGGCCAACAAAGCCUACCUCCAAGCACGCACAGAAGCUUUCAAGCAUGGCAGUUUGAGGAAUAAGUUUCUGCAAAGUGCUGCUCAAGCUUGGAAUCGCAGUGAUUCCCGGGCCGCCAAAGCCUUGAGUCUUCGCGGUCAGAGUGAAAACAAUCUAAUGAGAGAAGCUCACCGUGAAGCGGCCAAGAUCCUAUAUGAAGAUCGGAACAAAGAAAAUGGAACUGAUGCACGCGAGCUUUAUGUCGAUUUGCAUGGCCUACAUCCAGACGAAGCAGUAUCUUACCUCGAAGGUAUUCUCCUGAAACACAACACAUCAUCAAGACCAGUUUAUGCCAUCACUGGAACUGGCCAUCAUUCCAAAAAUGGCAAGGACAAAGUCGGCAAAGCUGUCCGUGCCUUCUUGAGCGAAUGGCGAUACGCGUUCCGUGAGUUCUCUGUGCCUGGAGAUCGUAACAAUGUUGGGGGCAUUCUCGGGAUAGAUCCCACUAGCUAUGACAAAAGUGUUGCUGAACGGGCCAAAGAGAGCGAAAGCAGUUCACCAGGUGAGACCGAGGGCACUAAGAAAGACACAAAAGUCAGGAUAAUGAAGAGAGACGAGGUUUUGGACGCUCCCAAGGGUCCAAAGCGCGCAACAUGA